UAAUAUUUGUUAUAGUGUAAAAGCUUAUUCACCUCAGGAAUUUCCUGUCUGGACUUACUUAGUUCUGCAAUGAAAAUUAUUAUUCGUUGGUAGUGUAAAAAUAAUUGUGACAAAUAUAUCGCUUUGCUUCAGUGUGCCGUGUUGGUCAUGGCUACGCUCAUUCAAGAGAAUGGUUUAAAGGAACUAAGCAAAGGCACUCACGGAGUUGUGCCUAACCGUGGUAUAUCUUCACAUAGUGUUACAAAUCACAUGGUGCCUGACCAUGAAUAUUGCGAAGCUGGCGCGACUAGCACGUCACAACAGAUGCAGUGCACUGAUACAAAUGAGGCGAUGGCGCCACCCCCCGCCGCUGAAGAAGAGGAGGAUACCCCAGAAAUAGAUAUUAUGAUAAACAAUGUUGUGUGCAGUUUUAGUGUUAAGUGCCACCUGAACCUUAGACAGAUAGCAUUAAACGGUGUUAACGUUGAAUUUCGCCGCGAGAACGGCAUGGUAACUAUGAAGUUACGGCGUCCAUACACUACUGCGUCUAUCUGGUCGUCCGGUCGCGUGACGUGCACUGGUGCAACCAGCGAGGACCAGGCGAAGGUUGCCGCACGACGGUACGCACGCGCCCUUCAGAAGCUUGGCUUCCAAGUGCGUUUCCGCAAUUUCCGUGUAGUCAAUGUAUUAGGCACCUGUCGGAUGCCCUUUGGUAUAAGGAUCAUAUCUUUCUCGAAAAAAUACAAGGAAGCAGAUUAUGAACCUGAGCUCCAUCCUGGAGUCACAUACAAGUUAUACAAUCCUAAAGCUACUCUCAAGAUAUUCUCCACUGGUGGUGUGACUAUUACAGCUCGGAGCGUGAGUGAUGUUCAGUCAGCCGUGGAACGCAUCUUCCCGUUGGUGUACGAGUUCCGCAAGCCUCUAACUCCGGCAGACGAAGAGCUGCUGCGGCAGAAGCGUGCAGCCCGCUCAGGCGUGCCAGCUCCUGCGCCCCCGCCCGAUGACGACCCCAUGCACUUGGUGACACUGUCGGACGACGAUAAUGACGCCUGGGAAUGACGCGCAGGGGCCGCGCGCGCCUCCGCUGCCCACUGAAGCUCCCGACGCGAAGCCCCGUGCGGGAACAAAACGAACUUUUAUAUUGGCAUCGAAGCAAUAACUGUCGGUUGUUAGUGCGAUCGCGUGUGACUCGUCGGCGAGCUGUUCGGUUCAUGCCAAAGAUAUUUAUUAGGGGAGGUGCUUCGCGCAUGGUCCGGUCUGCGCGCGGCCACGACCUCUCGGCUGAACGUUCCGCGAAGCACCCACGCUUCUUUACCCUUUGUAUGUACGAUUGUAUCGUUUUUGUGAUGACCUGUGACCUCUUUAGUAUGCGUAGAUGAAGUCGACUCGUUUACGUUGAAACCAAAAUUGUCAUAAAAUUACAAAAAAAUGUUCAAAAUAAAUCUCGAUAACGAUACUCAGUCUCGUUUUUUCAUUUGCCGUUAUGAUUGUAGAAUUUGUA